AUGCCAUCGAAGAGUCGUAGUGGUUCGAGCGAUGGAGACGUUCCUUCACCAAAGUCUUCGCGUUCUAGAAGUCAUAGCGCCUCCGAGAAAAGCGAUGUUCCAUCACCGAAAUCAGACAACGGGGUAACGAAGAGCACACGCGAAAAAAAGUACGCCUUUUCUUCGCUUUUGGUUCGUGCUUUACGCUUGGCUUCUAUCCUGAAAGCAUCUCUUCGCGCAGCCCUUUCCAAAGUUCGAAAGCCAGAAGGAAGGUCUGAGUCACCAAGGCGAAGCAGAACACGGUCUCGAAGUCGCAGUCCUAAGACAGACAGAAGAGGACGAUCAAGGUCACCAAAGCGGUCUUACGCUAGA